AGGUAGCCUUCAGGCCUGGCCUUUACCUGACCAUAUGUGAAUGGUUAUGUAAGGAGGUUGCAUGCCCCUUCAUAAACCCAUGCCAUAAUGCCAGGAAAGAGGAAGUCCAAGGCAUUAAUUGAGAGUGACAGUGAGUCUGACAGUGACUCUGACUCUGAUUCUGCAUUCUUAUCUCUUACUAAGAAAACACAAAAGCAGGAUCCAUCUUCCCCACCAAGGAAGAAAAAGAAGAAUUAUGACUCUGGGUCAGCCUCUGAUACUUCAGACUUUGAGUCUGAUGUUGAAACUCAGCAAAAAAGUUCAUCUUCAGCCCAGGGUGAUGGGAAGGCAAAACAAGACCAGAAGGUGGAAUAUGAAGAUACAAAGAGCAAUGACCUUGGCAGCGAGCCUGAAGAAGGAGAGGUGUCUUCAGACUACGAUUCAGACUCUGAUGCCUGGGCAGAGCAGUUUAAUGAUGGAUACGGAGAUGAUUUAAUGGGAGAUGAUGAGGAUAGGAAGCAACUCACAGAAAUGACAGAAAAAGAGAGAGAACAAGAACUCUUCAAACGUAUUGAAAAUAGGGAACGGUUGCGGAAAAGAUAUGAGAUAGAGAAACGUCUACGAGAAGCCAGGAAGAGACAAGACAUCAUGUCAAAGAAGAAGGUGGAUGCUAAGAUUCGCAGUAAGGUGAGGCAGCAGACUGUGGAAGAGAAAAAGAAAGAUGCCAAAGGUGAAGCUUUCAAUGCUCUCAAAGCAAAAAGGGAAGAGAAAGGUCGUAGAGCUGAAGAGAAGGAGAGAGAGAAGGAGAAAGAGCGGGAGAAGGAAAAAGAGAAGAAACCAAAGGAGGUAGAAGUUCAUACAGAGGGGAGCAGGGAACAGGAAGAUGAAAAAGAUGAGAAGCUUGGAGUUUCCAGCAAAAAGAACAAGAAACUAAAGGCAUCAGAAAUCUACUCAGAUGACUCAGAUAAUGAUAGUGAUUCAGAUCAGUCAGAAUCUGACAAGGAUGGAGCUAGUGAUGGAAGCAUUAGUGAUUCUUCUGACCGGUCUGAUUAUUUGACCCAGAAGAAGAAAGUCCAAUACAUCAGCACAAAGGAUGACCUGAAUCGCAUCCGUCUUUCACGUCACAAGUGUGAAAGGUGGUGUCACCUGCCAUUCUUCUCUGAGCUUGCCCCAGGAUGUUUUGUGCGUAUUGGGAUUGGAAACAAUGCUGGCAGGCCUGUUUAUAGGGUGGCUGAAAUCAUGGAGGUGUGUGAGACAGCCAAAGUAUAUGACCUUGGAAAGACUCGCACCAACAAAGGUCUUAAACUCAGGCAUGGUACCCAGGAGAGAGUUUUCAGACUGGAGUUUGUGAGUAAUCAGGAGUUCUCAGACACUGAAUUUGUCAAAUGGAGAGAGACAGUUAUGCUUCAGGGCCUCACACUUCCAACUGUGGAUGAAGUUGAGAAGAAGGCAAAAGAGAUAGGAAAAUAUCUCCACUAUGAAUUUAAGGAAGAAGACAUAGAAAAAAUUGUAAGAGAGAAGGAGAGAUUCCGCAAGAAUCCUUUCAACUAUGCCAUGAGGAAAACUCAGCUCCUCAAAGAGAAGGAGAUGGCUUCAGCAUCAGGCAAUGAUGAAGAAAUCUCUAGAAUUAAUCAGGAGUUGCAAGAAUUGGAGGAGAGAGCAGAGGAACUUGACAAGAUGAGAACAUCUUCACUCAAGAGUAUCUCCUACAUCAAUGAGAGGAAUCGACUGCGAAAUGUUAUUGAGUCAGAGAGAGCCAUAAUAGAGGAAUUCCGGGAGACCAAGGGGAAGCGAUCUGAUGAUCCAUUCACCCGCCGCCACACCAAGCCGAGUAUUGUUCAUCGAAUGGGAGAGAGGAAUUCUUCAGCUGAUGUGGCAGUAACAAUGGCUACAGCAGCUGCUCCUGCUCCCAGAGCCACACAGCAGGAAGAUGUGGAGAGAGAACAGAGAAUGCUGACUGAAGUUAAUGAAGUGGAGAAGGAUAUUCUCCAAGUGCAGCAGAACAAGGAGGAGGAAGAGACUUUGCAGAAGGAGGAAGGGAAGAAGAAGGAUUCUUCUAUGGAUGAUCUUUUCUCUGCUCAUGAUUUUGAUAUCAAGAUAGAUCUGGAUGUUCCCUUACCUGGCCCACAGGCUGUGAAUGUUACUCCAAAGACAGCAACUCCCUUCAAAAUGGGUCCCAGGAGAUCAUUGAACUUGGAAGACUACAAGAAGCGCCGGGGACUUAUUUGAGAUCUGGGACACAAUUUGUGAAUAGUGUUUUGUCUUUGAGACAGAAAGGGAUGUUUUCUGAACUGUACAUGUGGAUUGAGGAGGGUGUUCCAAGGAGGGCAAGCUGAGUGAUACAAAUAGGAAUGAAGAUCCUCCUCUGCCUUUCUUGACUUAAGAGAAAGAGACUUGGAACAUUUUCCACCUCCCCUGCACCAUUGCAGGGUGCUGAAGUUUACUGUGUUGUUGUCCACUUAAGAUGGGAGAAGAAAUGGAAGAUGAUCAUGAUCAAUAAAAAUCCUGAUUGACUGCUGGAGUUUAUUGUCAUGCCCUUACAUCACUCUCACACGUGCUGAGACAGUAGUUCUAGAUUGGUAACCUAGAUUGGUAACCUACCCUGGAGAGAGCAAUCAGGACAUGGGAGACAUUAGAUGUGAUCGGCUGCUAUGCAAGGUAAUUACACAUUGCAUUGCUGUUGAGAACAGAUAAGUCUGUCACUCUCCAUUUCACCAUUUUGGUUACUUACAAUACAAAUCCAAAUAUGGAUCAAGUAGUGUGGUCGUGAUAGUUGCCUCCCCGUUCCAAGUCUCUCUCUUGCAUGCGUUUGCAUGGAAACUGUGAUAUUAUUUCAAUUCUUUAUUGUAUUACUGGCUUGUGAUAUCUUGUACGUUUGUCUUUUGUGAAAUAUGGAAACGGC